UCAUGUUUAAGUUAAUAAUAGACGAAGGCGCAGAGGGAAAAGAGAAAGAAGAGGAAGGAGAGAGAGAGGCGGAGGCUCCCCUGUGAUGCCUUCGCGUUCACCCUCCUCCUCUUCUUCCAACAUCGAGGCGGUCGACCGUUCUUCGGAUCGCCUGCGCAUCUGAUGCUUUCCUGUUCCUGAUCGUGGAUAAUUUGCAGGAAAGGAAUGGCGGUGGAUCCGCGAAAACUCUUCAUCGGCGGCAUCUCGUGGGACACCAAUGAGGAUGACCUCAGGGAGCACUUCAGCAAGUUCGGAGAGGUGGCGGAGGUUGUCAUCAUGAAGGAUCGGAACACGGGCCGCGCCCGAGGCUUCGGGUUUGUCGUGUUUACUCACCCUGCCGUUUCUGAAAGGGUUGUCAUGGAAAAGCAUGCCAUUGACGGUCGAAUAGUGGAUGUGAAGAAAGCUGUUCCGAGGGAAGACCAACAAAUUCUUAAUAGAAGCAACAACAAUAGUAUCUGUGGAUCUCUUAGCCCUGGCCGUACAAGGAAAAUAUUUGUCGGAGGCCUACCACCUACAAUAACAGAGAAUGACUUUAAGAACUAUUUUGAUCAGUUUGGGACAAUCACAGAUGCCGUGGUAAUGUAUGACCAUAACACUCAGCGACCUAGGGGAUUUGGUUUCAUUACUUAUGACUCUGAGGAUGCUGUGAAUAAGGUAUUGCUCAAUUCUUUCCAUGAUCUGAAUGGUAAGAAGGUAGAGGUCAAGAGGGCUGUGCCUAAAGAACUUUCACCUGGCCCCAACACACGGUUGCAGACUGAUGGAUAUAACUAUGGUGUGAAUGGGGGAAAUAGUUUGCUUAGUGGGUGUACACAAGAAGGAAAUAGUUUUCUUAGUGGGUAUACACAGGGAAAUAAUCCAAGCUUAUUCAGUGGAUAUGGUAUGAAGAUGGAUGCCAAAUUAAGAGCAUUGUCUGCUUGGAGGAAUGGGCUCUCUUCCCUAGUCUCUGGUUUCAGAGUAGGAAUUGAUUAUGAUCCAACUUUGAGCUCAAGUAUUUUAGGAAAUGCCAACCUCAAUAGCAUUCUCAAGUAUCAACAGGAAUUGAACUCUUACUGCAACAGGAAUUUAAAUAGGUAUAAUAGUCCAAUUCCAUAUAGUAGUAUUAACCAAAAUACUGGUACACUUCUUAGUUUGCUGCCUCAAAAUGUAUUGGGAAACACUGAACUCAAUUAUACUGUAAAUUCUGCAACUGCAAGUGCCUCCAUAGCAUCUGGGAGAGAGAACCUUGGUAGCUUUAGCAAAAGCAGAUUGAAUUGGGCAAGCUCUCUUCCAAUUUCAUCUCAAAUUGAGGGAAGUUUCUCAGGCUUUUGGGGUGGCAAUGUAAGUUGUGUUGGUACUGAUAAUACUGUUUUAGGAGGAAGCAAUUUUGAAAGAAGUGUCUCUCCUCCUGUGGCCAACACUAAUCGUACCACUUCAUGUUUUAAAUAUGAAGCAAGCUAUGAAAAUUUAUAUCGUGAUAAUUCAGUUUUUGGAGAUCCCACUUGGCAAUCAUCAUUUUUAGACCUUGACGUCACUAGUUCAUUGAGCUACAAGCUUGGAAAUCCAGACUUAGAUAUCACAGGCAAAGAAAUUGAAGAUUUUGCAUGUGGUUAUUAUGCUUAGAAUAAGCAAACAUAUGCAGAGUUGAAAGCCUUGUUUCCUCAUUUUUCCUGAUAAAUAUGUUCUUAUCAAGACUUGAAGCAGAGUUAGAAUUCACAUGUACAAUGAUUUCCCUUUCAGUUUUGUUCCAAUUUAUGGUAUUUUCUGCUUGCAAAAAAGCUCCCAGAGUACGACUGAGAUUGUUUCCCAUCUCUUCUACUCCUGUCCUCAUGACAAGUCAGAAACUGUUUGUUUGAGAUGUAACUUCUGGUUGAACGAUCUCUGUCAUUGACCUUAAUAGAAAUUUGUAAGCAUCAGAUAAAUAAAAAAUAUGAAUGGUGUAA